GGAGCCUUCCUCCCCGAGAGGCGAAGGAACCUCCCCCCCAGCACAGCUUUCAGGGCAAAAUAGGUUGCGAGUGGGAGGCGGUGGCUGCGGCUCCACGGCUUGGGGAAGAUGGCGCCGCCGGUGACGGAGCGGGGUCUGAAGAGCGUCGUGUGGCGGAAAAUAAAAACAUCAGUGUUUGAUGACUGCCGGAAAGAAGGCGAAUGGAAGAUAAUGCUGUUAGAUGACUUCACCACUAAACUUCUGUCGUCAUGCUGCAGAAUGACAGACCUUCUACAAGAGGGUGUAACUGUUAUAGAGAACAUCUAUAAGAAUCGUGAACCUGUCAGACAAAUGAAAGCUCUUUAUUUUAUCUCUCCAACAUCAAAAUCUGUAGAUUGUUUCUUGCGAGAUUUUGGAAGUAAAUCUGAGAACAAAUAUAAAGCAGCAUAUUUAUACUUCACUGACUUCUGUCCUGACAGUCUCUUUAACAAGAUUAAAGCAUCUUGUUCCAAGUCAAUAAGAAGAUGUAAAGAAAUAAACAUUUCCUUUAUUCCACAUGAAUCUCAGGUUUAUACUCUUGAUGUACCAGACGCAUUCUAUUACUGUUACAGUCCAGACCCUAGUAAUGCCAGCAAGAAAGAAGCAAUCAUGGAAGCAAUGGCUGAGCAGAUUGUGACAGUGUGUGCCACUCUGGAUGAAAACCCUGGGGUGAGGUAUAAGAGUAAACCUCUAGAUAAUGCCAGUAAGCUUGCACAACUGGUUGAAAAAAAACUUGAAGACUACUACAAAAUUGAUGAAAAUGGCCUAAUAAAGGGUAAAACUCAUUCCCAGCUCUUAAUAAUUGACCGUGGCUUUGAUCCUGUGUCCACUGUCCUGCAUGAACUGACCUUUCAGGCAAUGGCAUAUGAUCUACUACCAAUUGAGAAUGAUACAUACAAAUACAGAACUGACGGGAAGGAGAAGGAGGCGAUCCUGGAGGAGGACGACGACCUGUGGGUGCGGGUGCGGCACCGGCACAUCGCCGUGGUGCUGGAGGAAAUUCCAAAGCUCAUGAAGGAAAUAUCUUCAACAAAGAAAGCCACAGAGGGGAAGACAUCACUUAGUGCUCUCACCCAGCUGAUGAAAAAGAUGCCCCACUUCCGAAAACAGAUGACGAAGCAAGUCGUCCAUCUUAACUUAGCUGAGGAUUGCAUGAAUAAAUUUAAGCUGAAUAUUGAAAAGCUUUGCAAAACUGAGCAGGACCUGGCACUUGGAACAGAUGCGGAAGGUCAGCGGGUGAAGGACUCCAUGCUGGUGCUCCUCCCGGUGCUGCUCAACAAAAACCAUGACAACUGCGACAAAAUCCGAGCAGUCCUGCUCUAUAUCUUCGGCAUUAAUGGAACGACUGAAGAAAAUUUGGACAGACUGAUCCACAAUGUAAAGAUAGAAGAUGACAGCGAUAUGAUUCGGAACUGGAGUCACCUUGGUGUUCCCAUUGUUCCCCCAUCUCAGCAAGCCAAACCACUAAGAAAAGAUCGGUCUGCAGAAGAGACUUUUCAGCUUUCUCGAUGGACACCUUUUAUCAAAGAUAUCAUGGAGGAUGCCAUUGAUAAUAGAUUAGAUUCCAAAGAAUGGCCAUAUUGUUCCCGGUGCCCAGCAGUGUGGAAUGGCUCUGGAGCUGUAAGUGCUCGCCAGAAACCCAGAACUAACUAUUUAGAGUUAGACCGAAAAAACGGGUCAAGGCUGAUAAUUUUUGUAAUCGGAGGAAUUACGUAUUCCGAGAUGCGUUGUGCUUAUGAAGUUUCUCAAGCACAUAAAUCCUGUGAGGUUAUUAUUGGUUCCACACAUAUUUUAACACCCAGAAAGCUGCUGGAUGAUAUAAAAAUGCUGAAUAAAUCAAAGGAUAAAGUUUCCUUUCUUAAGGAGGAGUAGCUUUUUUAUUGUUGUCAUUUAGAAGUUUUUUUAAUAUGCUCAGCUAAAACAGAUGAUGUUACUGUCAUAAUUUAAACAAUGUAAAUAGUUUAUGGAGCAAUGUGCUUACUUAAGGGAGGUUAUGUAUUAUUGGAUUUGCCAUUUCUAAUAAUUUAAACACUGUUGCUGCUUUGUACAAGAUAGGACAUUGAAGUGCUUUCUAAUCAGGAAGUUUUCACCUUUGGAGCAGAAUCUGUUAAGUAUGGAUAGUUUUUACAGCCUCCUGUAACAUUCUGAUUAUUCACAGAAUACUUAUGCUGAAAUACAGUGUUGGGGCAAAACAAUUAUACAAGUAAAAACUGUAAAUGUAUGUAUGAUAGAAUUAUUUCCUAUAAGUGCAGUUUCUUAAAACUGAAACCCAUAAUUUUAUGUAUAUAAUAAUUCCAAUUAAAAUGAUGCUUUCACUGUGUAUAUUAUCUGCAAGAUAACUCUAAAAGAGCAGUUUAUAUGCUUGAGAUCAUGUCUGCUUAUUAGAAACGAAAAAUAAUCAUGAUCAUUCUAAGAGAAAAUAAAUAUACAGUUAUCAAAA